AUGCUACAAGGAGACAUGCUUACACGUUACCUGUUUGUAAUUGUACUGGAUUUUGCAAUGCAGCAGGCUAUAGACAACAGUGACGAAGAAUUUGGUUUAACUACUGACCGGCGAAGAUCGCGGAGAGUACCAUCAGUAAUCAUUAUAGCCCUGAACUUCGCAGAUGAUAUAGCACUCAUAUCAAAUGAAAUAAGUCAAGCACAACAGCUGCUCAGCAGAGUAAAAACAUCAGCUGCCAAAAUUGAACUGCAGACAAAUGUAAGGAAAACUGAAUACAUGCCUUUCAACCAAUCAAGUGAUGCUGAACUGUUUGCUUUUAGAGGUUCCAAUUGA